AUGCUAGCCAAUACAACAUCAAUUGCUGAGGCUUGGGCUAGGCUUGACUAUAAAUUUGAUUUAAUGUAUGCAAAGCGAGCCUUUGUUCAUUGGUAUAUUGGCGAAGGAAUGGAAGAAGGAGAAUUUGCGGAAGCACGCGAAGAUUUGGCAGCAUUAGAAAAAGAUUACGAGGAAGUGGCCCUGAAUAGUUAUGAUGAUUAUUGA